GAUCAUUUUUUUCCCAUUAAAAAUAACAUAAAUUGAAUUAAUCCGGUCCAGACCCCCGGAAGAUUCCCUGUUUUAACCUUUCACAAUUUCCUGAUUGUUGUCUUGUGAGUACUUUCACCCUUUCGUAGCAUCAGCACUCUUGGUAGCCUCUUUAUGUUUUAAAAUUGUGCUAAUCAUUGAUUUUGCCAUGCCAUACUCGGUAGCCAGGUCAGACACGGUCUACAUACUUUGCAAUUAUUUCUUUUUUAAGCUCUAUUAUUGUUCUCACAACUUUCCUUUUCACUUUGCUCCUAUCACUAACUUUCUUAGGACCCAUGGUGACUUAUUGUACAUAUUUAAUAAUAACAAGCAACAACAAAAGCAGAAAACCCCACAAAAUAUUCACAGCACAAUUUCCUGAGAUGUUAACAACAUGAGGUUUAGCAGUGAACUGACUCAUACUCAUGCAUUCGCUCCUUUGUUUGUCGCCUGACAGGCGUGUGACUGAGCAUACAGGUAUCAGCAUGAAUGGGUUGUCAGGUUGAGAACCGAAGUUUUGUUCUACAACUAAGACAUUUUUUCUGUGAACAACUUGGUCAAGAACCGAAUUGUUUGAGAUGGGAGACAUCCGAGAACUGAGGUUUGACUAUACUAUAAUUAAUAGUAAUAAACAUAAGAUUUUGUACUUGAUUUCAUAAAUUGAACUUCACAAGUGAAAAAAAGCAGUAUUUUUUGGAGAAACAGAAGACCUACAGGUUUUAGCUGGUCACUUAGAAUUAACUUUGUGGUAUGGCUGCCAAGGAAAGCCAGUUUGCUCUUAAUAUACACCAACAGAAAUGUGUUCCCUGGGCUGAGAGGUGGUGCUCUGUUGCCUUCUGGCUAGCCUAUAGCUAGAGUAUCAUACUCACAGGGAGUCCCUUCUCCCCGCAGCACUCAGAUGAGCUCAAGAUGCCCCUAGGUUUGAGAGAAUGUGGGGGGGAGAGGGGAAGCAAGAAUGUGUCAGUGUUGGGGUUCCUGGCCAAAGAGGAUCCUUCCUGUCCCCUCCUCAUGCUGAGCCUGGUGUCAUAUGUGGCAGGAAUAUAGAAAACCAGGAAUGUAUUCCUGGAUAAAAAUUCACACUAAUGUCACAACUUGACAACACACCAUUGGAGACAGAGUUGCUGGGCGUGUCUUCCUAUGAAAGGGAAAAAUCAAGAGAAGUGUUAGAAACCUCAGGAAUUUGGGAGCUGUGAAGCAGAAGUGAUUCUGUUGGGCACCGUUAGGCUCAGUGGGAGACCUGGCAGUGAUGUCUCCUAGUCAUUCUCAGGUUAUAGGAUCCUUUGGAAAUCUAAAUGAAUGCUGCAGACCUCUCAGAAAAUAACAUUUCAGAAGGUUCGCAGAGCUCUGACAUCCGUGGACCUUGAGAUAAGAACUCUUGCUAGAAUGGCAAAACACCACAAACAUAGUCAAAGACACUGACAGAUUGAGAGAAUGUAUUUGCAACAUAUAUCGCAGAUAAAGGAUUUAUGUCUCUAAUAUAUAAAUGAAAAACCUGAUAGAGGAAAGACUUGGAUAAUUCACUGUGUGUGUGUGUGUGUGUGUGUGUGUGUAUUGUACUUAAACACAUGAAGAGACGGUCAAACCCACUCAUAAUUAGAGACGUGAUUCCACUUUUUACCUGCGAGAAUAGUGAAAACGAAAAAUUAUGACAACAUAUCUGGUUGGCAAGGCUGUGAAGAAAAAGAUAUUCUCCCACAUUGACAGGGGGAAUGCAUAAUGAUGUAACGGUUCAGAAGGAGACUUUGAUUGCUCCUAACAAAACUGCAUAUGUCCUGCCCUAUUGACCUAGCAUUGUUCUUUCUAUGUAUCUACCUGAAGACACACCUUCAACAAAGUAAAAAUGUGUAUCCACAAGGUUAUUCUUUGAAGCAUUAUUUAUUAUUGAAAAAUGUUGGUAGCAUAUGCCUGGGUUGAAUAUGUUGUAAUAGCUUUGGGUCCAGGAUACAAGACUUUAGUCAUACUCAGUACAGACACAGAAAAAGUUCUGAAUUGUCUGUUAGCUAUAAUACAAAGGCUCUUUGAAAGUACCUGGACAGGGGACAUCAAGUAAGGAAACACAAUGGUUGUUGAUCACUUGUAGCAUGUUAUGCUGUUGGAAAACUUGUUUUUUAAUGGCAUAUGUUUAAGAGACUUAACAUUGUACAAUUUUUAUGACUUUACUUAAAUGAAAGGCUAUUGGACUAGCUGCCCAUUAAGCUUACCUAUUUCUCACCCUAAGAGUCUGUGAUUCUAAGGGAAAUUUGCAGUCGUGUGAAAGUACUUACUAUUUGAUGAAAAGGAAAUCGUUGGAAAGAAUUCAUUGUCACUAAAGGUGAAGAAAUCUGAACUUUGCACUUUCAGCAGUACAAUUGGUGGCCAUAAGCUGUUCUCCGGGUCUGCCAGGGCACUGUUGUCCCCACAGUGAUGGCUGGCUCACAGUUCUUAUCUCAUACUAGAGGCCCGAUGCAUGAAAAUCGUGCAAGAGUAGGCCUUCCUCCCUCCGGCUGCCAGCACUGGCUUCCCUCUGACACCCGGGACCUGGGCUUCUCUCUGGCCGCCGGCAGGCACCCAGGACCCGGGCGUCCCUCGAAGCCCCUGGACGUCUGGUCAAUUAGCAUAUUAUGCUCUUAUUAUUAUAGACUAUUGAAAGUGUGUGGCAAAGACGUGACCAAAGCAUUGGUGCCAUACUGCUGAAGCUUAAGACAGAACUUCCUCCUAAGUAUUUUAGCAGUUCUCUUAGAUAACUUAUUGUGGGGGGAUGCUAUUAAAUGUCUUACCCAACUAACAUGGCCGGUGUCUUAUGUAAAGUCACCAGUUGUUUCUCUGAAUUGAGAUAGGUGGAGGAAAAUUCCUUUUUAUUAAGCUCUGUUAAGAUGACUUAUAGUUGUCGUUGUCCAGCUGUUCCUUUCUAAAUAUGCAAACAUAGGAAAGUGAGGGAUCCAUCUAGAAAUACAGAAGUUUCUUUAUUUUCAGUGUACUUUGCUAUGAACAUAAUCCUGGCUAUUUUCGCAAAUGUCAUGAAGUAGGAAAGAUCUCAUUUGCUCCAUGUUGUGGACCCAUAAUUGCACAGUUCAGUGUAGAGGCAGUCCCAUCCAAAGACGGGGGCCAUCAUCGCUGCCCUUCUGCUGCCCUUCCAUCUGCCUCUGCCUCCAGCUCAGGAAGCUCGGGGUUGGAGGAGCUCAGCAGGGUCUGGGCUAAUGGCUCAGCAAUACAUCAGGCCCCGAGGAGCUUCGGACUGCCCUGCUUAUACAGCUGACAGCCUGAUGUAUAGUCAUUUCUCCCCUUAAGUGUUUGUGUGUUUUUCCUGCUCUAAACUGGUCUCAUGGGAAUGAAUAAGAGAAUUGUAUUUCCCCCCGCCCCCAGAACAUACAGCAAGUUUUUAAUGGGAAAUAAGAUUACAGACGAACAGUAUAAGAAUGGUUUUUAAGACCCUCCUAAAUUCUGCCAAAACUUUGGAGAAGUCCCAGAAGCUGCGUUUUAUUCCAAAGCAGUGGUCAGGGAGAGGGUGUGUUGGAUGGGCAAGGCAAAGAAUUUGUUUACUGUCAAUUUGAAAAGCAAGUUGCGCUUACGUGAUGUUUCUUGUGUCCAAUAGUUGAUAGAAUGCUGCAAACUAUAGCAGUUAUUUCACUUGAGGUUGAAAGAGGGAUCCAUGGGAACUUUAUCUUAAAAAUCUAUUCAUUUAAAACAUUUUGCAGGCAAUGUUAGUAUAGUAAUGAUCAGAUGUCAGUAUCUAACAAAAUCUAGAUGGUAGAAAGAAAUGCUUAGAAUUCUACCUCCUGAAAGUUAGAACAUUGAUAAAAUAUUGUAGGAAACAUCGAUUGGUUGCCUCCCAUACACGCCCUGACCUACCGGGGUCAAACCCGCACCCUGGGUAUGUGCCCUGACCAGGAAUCGAACCUGUCACCUUUCCGUGUAUGGGGCAACUCUCCAACCAACUGUCCCACACCGGACAGGGCUGAUUCUCAAACUCCCCUCCCCCUCCACUUAAACUUUUAACCACUGGUUUGAACAUCCAGGAUGAUGUUGGAGAUAAUACGUGCUUGAGAUAAUUAUUACUGUGAUUGUUGCCAAGUGGUGAUUUUUCUAUUCUCAUCCUUCUAUGGUAAGUAAGAGCUUUCUCUGCUCCCCAUUUACAAAUAAUGUCAGUCUGGCAUCAUGCUAUAAUUCAUACUUUUUGCAAACAUGGUAAUGUUACACAUAAGUUAUCUGGAAGGUAUUUUUUUUUAAGUUCAUGGUCUGCAAAAGUAUACCACACUGAAGCUUAUCUAGAAAAUGAAAGAAUAGACCUACUUUAUAUAUGCCAGUCCAUGCUAAUCCCACCUCUCAAUUUCAAUGAUGUUUUAUUGCUGCCCGUGCUCACCUGUACUUGCCAUUGCUCAUUCGUUUUGUCUUCUCUCCUUUAUGGGUUCUGUUUCCACCACAGAGCUUAAAGCCAAAUGGCUGGGGGUGUGUGUGUGUGUGUGUGUGUGUGUGUGUGAAGAUUUUUUUAAAUGAUUUUUAGAGAGAGGGGAAGAGAGUGGCUGCCCCUUGUCUGCCCCUCCUGGGCAUCGAGCCCACAACGCCAGCCUGUGCCCUCACCCAGAAUCGAACCAGCAUCCUAUAGGUACAUGGAACAGCACCCAGCCAACUCCACCACACCGGCCAGCGCCCAAAUGGCUUUUACCUGGUAUUUUUUGUAAGGUUUUUAAAGUGUUACAUAACUUAUCAAAAGUUGUAAUAAUGAUUUCACUGCCUGUAGAUUUAGGUGAACACUAUGCGAUAGUCUGUGCUUACCAGUUAAAUCACUGUGAAAAAAAAUAUUUUUUUAUUCUUAGGGCAGGGAAAAAGAAAUGACCCAGAAGGAGCUGAGUGUGAGCAGCUGUCUUUGGUCUAUCAGUGUCUCCCAGCUGGUCAGUCUAACACAACCUUAACCUUAUGGGGCUCCAAGCCAUUUGCUGCACGCCGUGCACAUUCUGCCACUGCCCUUCUCAAUUUUCUGAAUUCCUUCAGGAGGAAACUGGUUAUUAUUGGUGGUGUUUCCCCUUAUCCUCUCCUCCCAUGUGAAGGGGGAUGAAAGAAAAUAAUAGCCCUUCUACGAAUUUUUGGAAGAAACUUUGGAAAGAAAAUUGAGUAUGUAUUUCGAAUGGUUAGGGACUGAGAUACAGUACAUCAGACUUCCUGAUAUAUUUUUUAAUGAAAUUAAGAUUACAUUGCAGCAAUUUGUUUCUUGAUUCAGAAGGUAUUUAUAGGGCUUUGGAUGGAUCUUCAGGCCAACAUUUUAAACCUCUAUUGUCCCGAUCUUGGGAAAGUUGGCUUUUCCAGGUCAAAUAGAGAAGUGAAAGUUUUUUUGUUUUUGUUUUUUGUUUUAUUGCUUAAAGUAUUACAAAGAGUAUUAUAUAUGUCUCCUUUUUUUUUCUCCCUUGAGAAGUGGAAGUUUUUAUUGAUUAUACUUAUUUAAAUUUGAGGUUUCCUUCAGUUCCCAAUCUUUGUGGCUACUAGUGAAUUUCCAGAGUCAUAAAGAAUUCUCAUUCAUGAGCUCAAGUAUUCAACAGAGCUCUGAGUCCUCCCUGACCACUGAUCUUCCUGCAGGAGGACCUCCGGAUGCCGUCGCAUGAAGAACUGUUAUGCAUGGACCUCCCUGAGGAUUGUCUGAGGAUCAAAGAAGGAAAUGUCCAAAUUACAACUGAAACUCUGUUAAAAUCUACUGAACAAGUACAAGGUAUGAAGGUCAAUGGGACUCAGACAGAUAAUAAUGAUGGACACAAGAAUGGCAAUGGAACAGUGCCAUUUGCGAAGUGGACAAUGGGAAGGAAGAGUUGUGUAAGUUAAGCCUUGUCUGUGAAGCAGAUGACAAUCACCACCAGAUUGUUGGCCACCAUAAUGAAAAACACGGUUCUGCUCAUGGCAGUCCCAGACCCAUGAGAAAUGUAGUUGUAGAACCCUUAGGAAAAAAUUCUGAAGUUUCCUGUUUCAAAUCAAGUUUAUCUGGUCCAGAAUCCAGAACAGCAUCCUUAGAAAAAUGUAGUUUUGCAGGUGAUGGCUUGCUAAAGAGAUCUGCUGAAAAGACAGAGAAUUCCUGUUUUGAUGGUGACGCUCAAAGCAAGAACUUGGCUUCUAGAGAAGAAAAUGAAGAACAGUGUGUGAACUUCAGCUCUGAAAGAGGGGAAUUCUUUCUUGUUAAUGCCAAGCAACCAGAAGAGGAUGCUGGUGGUCCUUGUUCUGUAGAAAAAAAGACUGUUGCCUCCCCAGAAGAAAAUGUCCGCGAUAACUAUUGCAUUCAAGGCAGUAUCCACACAGACAGCUCCAGUUCUCUAAUGCCCAAGUAUUUUCCCAAAGCCACAGAAGUCACGUUUAAAAAAAAAGAUUUGAAUAUCACUUCAGACAUGCAAGUUAGCUUAACAGACCCUGAGGGCCAUAGAGAAACUUUUACUAAUAUAAGCCAUCUAGGCAGACACUCUGAAGAAAGCAGUUUUUCCUCCUCGAUGCAGACUGAAGAGCCAAAACAGACAACCACUAUCAAGCCUGGUAUGUUAAGUGAAAAGAUUUACAGUAAAGACCCUAACUCCUUAGUCAGCAACCAGAGAAAUCUGGAAGGUGACACCCAGUUAAAUGAAGCAUCAUAUAGUGACUUUAUGAUUGAAAAAAAAACCCAUGUGAGUUUAAUGCCAGAGGACCAGAUAAGUCUUGUAAAUGAGGAAUCAAAACCCAAGAAAGGUGCUGCUCAGCUAUUACCAUCUCUAGAAUUUGGUUGCAGACCUGAGUCAGAAAAAUCUGUACAGAUCUCACAGGACAAUAUUCCACAUUUAGAUGAACAGAGCAUUGCCUGUGAGUUGAAUGAACGUCCCUCUGCUGAUGAACUAGUUCUAGACAAAAUAGAAAGUGAAUGUGUUUUAAAUCAAGUGUCCCUUAAUUCUCAAGAUCAUGCGACAUUGUCAACUGACAAAGAGUUGCCUUUAGCACUAAGCGAGGAUUCCCAACAGAGCCAUCACCCUCCAUUAGAGGAUGGAGCCAGUGUCCUUACUGAUAUCCAAACCAUCCCCAUGAAGACAAAAAUGAAAGAUAUCUCUCCACCAGGUGACAAAACCUGUGGUGCCUCAUCAAACAAUUUCACCUUAAAUAUCAAACCAGGAAGCCUACAAAGAAAAAACAAAAUGGCUGAUUCAGGAACAGAAGACCUACAUUCCAGACUUCUCUCAUGUAAGAAAGAAAUAGCAGUCUUGUCUCCAGAGGUCUCUAUCAUGGAUUGUCAGAGUGUUCAACCUCAGCAUCUCUCUAGCUGCCAUUGUGUAGGGGAAAAUGCACCAGGAGAGAGCACGUGUUCUGCGUGUGCUGCUUAUGAGUCUAGAAGAAUCAUCCUGGAAGGUGAAAACUCACUGAUGAUCAACCAUGAAAAUGCAUUUCAGCACAGCGAUCACUAUUCCCCAGGAAGAGAAGACUCCGUGGAAAGAAGCACCCAUAAAGUGAGUUGUACAUCAGAGGGAAGUGAACUUAAUGGAAGAGAAACGAAGGGCAGCCUUCCAGGAGAUAAGAUCAGAAACGAAAGGACAGUAGGUAUGUUAAAUAGUGAAGCUUCCAACAGAACCAUUCACGGCACCAAUCACAUCCAACCCAGUGAGGAAGGGCUAGAAUUAAAGGAACAGGAUAUACCCAAAGAGACUGUGUUUUAUAAAUAUAACAACUCUGAUUGUGCCACACAAGAGCCAAACCAAUCUAUAAACAUUCCAAAUCCUGAAAAACGAUUGGAGCUGUUUCCUGCUAAGUGCUCCAGUUUUAAAAACAUGAAUCAAGCAGUUAAAACUCUUGAUCAGAAGACAGAUGAAGUCCUUGACUACCGGAGUAACCCAGACAGACCAGAUGAGUACAGAAGUGAAGAUAAACCAGCUAAGGGGACACUAGGUAAUGACCAGAGACAGACCAUCACAGAGCCUAACACAGGGGAAAGCUGUAACCAGAAGAAUCUGCCAUUCAGUUCCGGCAAUAACAACUCAUUGUCUGGUGGUAGUCGGAAGAAAGGCUAUUUGAAAGGAGGCUUUGAAAGGAUUUCUAGUUGUGGUAAGUCCACAGAUGGUAUGGUAGACAUCACCUGCACAAACUGUAAUAAUAAGCCUAGAGAAGGCAUGCUGGACACACUUGGUGGUGUGCGGCAAGGUGGACUGGCAUUAAUUGAAACCUCAAGGAGUGCCCUGUCUCAGAGAGGAGACUUGAAUGCUGCGUUUACAGGACAGAUUGACCAGGAUUCAGAAUUCCCAGAUGCUACUUCCUCUGCAGCAGAAUCUCUUGAAAUAAAAAAAUCAUGUGAAGAGAAAGUUUGCAGAUCGUUAAACGAUAGUGAAAUGGAAGUGCAUCCAGACCCUUGUGCCAAUGAGAUAGAGUCUAUUGCAGAUCAUGAACCAAAUACAAGAAUAUUGGAUGGAGUAAAUGUGUCUUUAAAUCAUAGUCAUCAUGAACAGCAAGUUAAAGAAGCAUCUCUGAGAGAAACACAAGAAAUGAUUGAAAAAUCAAGACUAGAAAUACAUUCUGAGUUUGACAAGGAAAAUAUCUUUGGAAUUUCCUCAGAAGAGUUGGUGUCUAGAAGACACCAAGAUGAGAACUCGGUUCUCCCAGAGAGCCUGAAAUCCAUUGAGAUAAUGCCAUUGUGUCUAUCUGCUCAAGAAGCAUCAGAAGCUAAUGUUAAAAGUGAAGAAACUGACAUGAAAAAUAUUUUUAAACCAAAAGAUGGUGAAAUGCUUUGUGAAAAUGUAGAGGAUCGCACAGUCCCGCCUGAGAUGAAGGAAGAAAUACCAAGGAAUAGGAGUAAUCCCGGCGAAGGAAACAGCAUUGACAUCAGUAUGAAAAUGUUGCCUUUGAUGAUGAAAACAGAAACUAAAGUGAAAGGGGAAGAAGCCAAAAAAGAUCAGAGGGGACCACCAGAUCACGUACCUGUUGGGGAGGAAUCUGACGAGAGGGUUACCAGAGAAGAUGGUCAUGGUGGUGACAGGAGUGAGAUUUCUCAGACACACUGUAAAUCCCUGAGGAUGUAUGGUGACGCUGAAGAACAGCAAAGCCAGAGGGAUUUGGACUCCAUGUUGCAGAAGGCAGAGGAAUAUGAACAUCAGAAAGAAGCACAGACACUAUUGGAACAAUGUACAUCAUCUAAUAUGUUGUCAGAUGAAGUGCAAAAUCAGAACCAACCUAAGGAUUACAAAUGUGAGUACACCAGGAUGAAAGAAGUCACCCCAGCACAGCUGGCCCAGGGUAACAUUACCGCACGGCUUCAGAAGUUGAAAGACCCAAAGGAGGAAAAAUUACGUCAUCCAUUAAAAAAGGACAUUGAGUUGUGCGUAGGUCCUUGCCUUCAUGGUGUCCCCCAGAAAUCCCAAGACCCCAGCUCUGCCAGGUGUUACGAAGUACACGGUGCCUUUGGGAACACUUCCCAUCAGAAAGGAGUGCUUCCCUUCAAGAAGCAGCCGCAUCGGGCAUGUAAGAAAGUUCCCUGUCAGGAGCAAGUCAGCAUCGGGAGGAAAGUAAGUAAAAUCAGGAAUUCUGCCUUUUUAAAGAAUUCCUCUGAGACCAUCCCCACAAAAGCACACAGACUUCUCAGCUCACCUGCUCUGUCUGCACCCGCACGACUGGAACCCGACACAGUACCUAGCGGGAGCCUAGUUAGGCACAUACCAAAGCAGAAGGCUACUCCGUGCCAUCUCUUAAGGAGCCUGAACGUCAGGAAGCCCACCAAAGAAUCAGCCUUACUCAGCAAGCUAUCCGUCCUUGCCUCCAGGCUGGCCCCAGCCUCAGAGACCCACAAACUAAGGUAUCGGCGGUGUUCUUCUGAACUCCUUCCAGUGGCUAAAAGCUACAAGCGGCUCAGAUGUAAAAAGCUCCUGGAUGGAUUUUCAGACACUAUGAUGCAGCUGAAUCCAUAUUUGACAGCUAGUGGAUGGGAUAGGAGGCCUAACAAUAAACCCUUGACACUUUAUCCACUCGAAGCCAUUAAAAUGAGCUUCAUAGAUUUGAGCAACAAGAUGCCAUUGCUGCUGUUGGGUUCUGGAAUCUUCCCCAUAUCCUUUCACGUGAAAUCAGGCUCCGAGUGCAUGCCUGAGUCCCCACGGACUUUUCCUGAGCACUGUGCUCCGGCGAGGCUUGCCUUAGGGGAGGCCACCCCUUGUCCUUCUCAACCUCCCAAGUGGACCUUUUCCUUCUUCUUGUCCCAUGGUUGCCCUGGGAUGGCCACAUUCAGGGAAGACACUGGCCUCCAUGCUCAGGCACAUUCCCAGGCUCCUCCACAGCCUCCAGCUCCUCUCCAAGACUACGGAGGCACCGCCAUAGUCCAGACCAGAACAGGCUGUUCUGUCCUUGGCCUUCACACUCUCCUAGCACUUUGUUCCCCGGGAUGUUACCGAAUCUGGACAAAAAAACGGAGCUUCUCCAGUCACAUGCCUACCAUGCAGAGGCUCUUCAUGACUCAGUUUACACAGGGCUUGAGGGGGUUAAGGUCUCCAGCCUCCAUAGCAGACAAGAUCUUCUGUUCUCUGCCCUAUUCGGUGGGCCGAGUGCUGUCCGUUUGGAGCCAGCAUGGGCCUUCUGCCUGCCCCUUCGAAACCUCUGCUCUGCAUUCCACUCACAGCAAGCGACCGCCAACUCUGGACAUCACAAGCAGCCACACCAUGUUACCGUAUGUGCCUCUUCCAGGCAUGGAAGCUGCUUACAACACCAGUGGCGGUCAGAUGAGGCUAGAGCCUCCGUUCCCUGCCCUGGUACCAAAGUCGUGCUUGGUAACAGACUCGGCUGUCGGCAAGCUCCUGCUGUCCGCCUCUGAGUUCCCGGUUCCUGGGUUAGAUGAACUGGAUGGUGUGACAGCAGCGCGCCCCCGUCCACAGAGCAGCCCUCCAGAGCAGAAAGAGGCUGAGCCAGAGAAGAGGCCAAAGAAAGUCUCACAGAUUCGCAUCCGGAAAACCAUUCCUAAGCCAGACCCUAAUCUUACCCCCAUGGGCCUCCCUCGCCCCAAAAGGUUAAAGAAAAAGGAGUUCAGUUUGGAAGAAAUAUAUACCAACAAGAAUUAUAAGUCUCCUCCUGCAAACAGGUGCUUAGAGACCAUCUUUGAGGAACCUAAGGAACGAAAUGGUACGCUAAUCUCCAUCAGCCAACAGAAGAGGAAGCGAGUUCUCGAGUUUCAGGAUUUUACUGUCCCAAGAAAGAGGAGAGCUCGUGGGAAGGUCAAGGUGACAGGCAGCUUCACCAGAGCCCAGAAGGCAGCCCUGCAGAGUCGAGAGCUGGAUGCCCUUUUGAUACAGAAACUAAUGGAACUGGAGACCUUCUUUGCCAAGGAAGAGGAAGAGGAGCCAUCACCUGGGUGUUGAGAAGCAGUUUGGUUGGGGCGUCUCAAUGUUAGAUUUCCCAGGCCUCCUGGGAAGAGGUUGCAUCAGUUUGCCCAGUGCCCAAACCACUCAAAUUGCAAUCCAUGGAUUUUUACUGCUUCAAGGUGCAGCCUCUUUGGAAACUGGUGGCGGAGGGCCCUCUACUUCUACUGCUGAUCUAGAACCUCAGGAAAGCGCCCUUCCUCCUGGAAGUGGUCCUGAGUGACAUCGGGCCGCCGCCUCCCACACUCUGCCAUCCACAGAGGAGGGCGCAGCGCACCUUCGACAACACUAGAUCCCAAGGACUCCAGCACUGGCACGUCCCUGUGAAAGUUCCACGCUGUUUACGGUGGUGCUAGACCAAGAUUGCUCACAGAUGUUGCCUAGGGAGGGGGCCUGGCGUCCUCGCCUGAGUGGCCUCACAGCUCAUUUCGGUAGCUGAGGAACGAUGAGCCUGUGGUGUUUUCUAAUCCUUUGAGUCUGUCUGCCCAGAACCUGGGGUAUAUGUGUGUGUAUGCGUGUGCGUGUGUGUAUAUGUGUGCGCGUGUGUGUGCGUGUGCGUGUGUGUGUGUUUUCCCAUCAUUUUUUCCUCCCCUCUGUGACUGUGGGUCACUAGUGCCAGAGGGGCCAUCCAGGCCCCAUUCAGAGUAAGUUGCACUUUUUAACGUUGUGGUGUUAUUUUCAUUUGUUUUAUUCCUUUUUUUUAAAUUGCUGCAUGUUCAGAGCCUUUAAAUGUGAUUUUAAAACAAUUUUUUAAGACAUUGAGGAGAAAGAUAAUACAUGUCUGCAGAAUAGAUGGUAGGAGUUUGACCCAGUGUAUCUGCAUGGUCUGGGACAGUGGAGAGACACUUUUCCAUCCACGUGUUUCAGCAAUCCCUUCCCCAUCUCUCUCUCUGCAGUUCAUUAGAGGGAGUACUUUUUUCAUCUGGGUUCUCAUUCUUGCGUGCUAAGUAGAUGUAUUAAUUUUAAUGACGGAAGUAAGAGCAGGUUUCUCUCCCAAUCAUUUUUAAAGUGUGAUGGUUGGGUGUGGUCUUUUAAUGGAUUUUAUCUGAAGUGUUGGAAUGUAACAAAGUUGGGAACAACAGUAUAGGCGGUGGUAGAGGCCGACCAGUGUGUUUGCAGCUGUCGGAGCAGCCGGCCCUGAGAGUGGGGAGGGGCCACCGCGGUUCAAGCUCAGUGGUGUGUUCUUGCGGUGGGAUCACGAAAUCCCACGGCUGGCCGGCCCCUCUGAGGACACCUCUUUGUUCUCUGGGCUCCUGUGUCGAACCUACUGGAAAUGUAGAAUGCCCGUGCUUGCUGAGCGUCUUCUUUUGUGCCCACAGGAGUCUGGGCAGAAGGAUGCUGUGUGGGUUAGCAGUCCCAGAGGUUCAUUCCUUUCCCACUAAUCCCUGUGUGCCCGCACCCUGCUUCCCCUGCCCUUCUUCCCUUGUGUUUCUCUCUCUCUCUCUCUCUCUCAAAACAAGAGUUCAGAGAAUUACAUUCCUUGGCUGGUGAAUGGAGUACUAGACGCAGCCUCCGGACACCGGUCACCUCUCCCUGUCCUCCUCAGAGCCACUGCAGAAGCUGCUGCCAGUGGGAACUGUCCCGGCGCCAGGCACUUGCCGCCAGGCUGCUAGAGGAGAGAGAGGCGCCCUGGGGUGUGUCUCCUAGGUUUCUGUGGCUCCCCAUUUGUCAGUGGGGAGACGGGUGGGGUGGGAGGUCUCUAUGUGCCUUUCCUUUGCAGGUUGACAGUCUGUGCCACACUGGAGCAGUGAGACGGACAUGAGCCGGAAAAAACAAAGUGCACCUCUGUCUUGGGCCCCUGUCUCAGACAGCGCCUAGUAAGUCCCAUACACACCUGGGAGUCCCGAGGCUUCUCAGGCCACGGCCAGCUAGCGUCAGGAGAGAGCGGGCUUCCCCCGGCUCUGAGUGAGCCCGUUCUGCCCUUGCACAUCCACUUGGCCUAGAGCCCUAGACUGUAUGGACACGACCUGUGUUCACCUCGGUACUUCUCCCUUCCUGGGACAGGGCCCCUAACGCUUCUGUCUUCUUGCUUUAGGAGUGGGUGAGUGAUGCCAUGUGCCCUUGUCCAAACGUGUUUAGGGAAGUACUGCUGGACACGCUUGCAAACGCCCAGUGAGUCCACAGAGCCCUGUUUGCCAGCGCCCGUGCGGUCUAGCCGAGUCAGUGAUGUAGCCACGCAUCCUGCAGGCUGAGGUUGAGAUGGGCGCACUGUGGUAGCACCAACUUUACAAUUACGACUUCAAGUUUGCCCGUUAGCAGCAGGGCAUUUUAUGAGCCAGCAGGAGUGACUUGGGACAUUGGUGUCUGGGAAGGGAGAAUUGGAGGAAAUGGAGACCUGGGUUCCUUCCUCGUCCUGGGAAUGUGGGAGAGAAGCUGCUCUGAGGCCAACCUGUCUAUCCCUGAAGUUCUCGGCAUGCCCUCUGGUUAGGGCCUUUCCCCGCCGCAAAGUUAAGAAUGGGUCCCCACUGCGAACUUGCCGUUGCUUGCCUAAAGUCGCUAGAAGGGUUCUAGCCAUGCUCAGGCACACGUGUCUUACCUCUGUCCUCCCCAUUGGCUAGCAAGCUGCAGCGCUGUUGGUGGUCCUCGGAGCCUGUGGGACCCGCCAAUGAUUGGGGAUGUGAGUCAGCUGCUGGCACACGGCCUGCCCCGAGUGUCUGGUUCUGGUGGGCCCUGGUACAGUUCCUAAGUUUGGGGACUUCCUUCCGAAGUGGCAGGGAGUUCUAGUUAACCGUAACUUACUCAACUCUGGUGUAGUGUCAUUAAUGUGGGAAAGAGGAGAAAUCUCAGGUCCAGUUGGGGUUUCACCCGUCAGUUUUUCACCGAGACUUUGAACUAGGGGUUUUCUCGUCUUUUAGUUUACAGCUGUAUUUGCUUUCCCACCCACCUUCCCCAUCUCUGUUCCUUUGGCCUCCUUUCCAGCUUCAUUUCUUCAUACCUCAUCACCUUUUAAACCAGAUUAUGUCCACUUUUUCUUACUGACCUUGCUCUGAGAGCUACAGCUGAGGGAGGUACAGUGGAAAGACAUGUAGCGUUUGCCUUAUUGGAGCCUGAAAAGCUCAGAAACUCAUGCUGUGAAUCCCAAAGCUCUGCGCUCCUCCGAGAGCUGUGAAAUCAUGACACUUCGUCACAUUUUUGCCUGAAAGAGCCUUGAUGGGUGCCAGAGCCAACCUGAGGUCAAUUCCAGAUCCCACCCUCCAGGCACGACCCCCCGUCCCCCACGGCUCCAUCCCUGCCCGCCAGGCCAGGAGCUGCACCAAGGAGGCAGGGCUGGGGUGGGUCCUCGAGCUUUGGGCAGCCUCGUGGCACACGGAGCCCGCGGUCGUCUCCAGGCCAGAAUGCCACCUCACAGUCCCAUGUGCAUCAGCGUCCGCAAGAGACCAACUUUCGGCCGUGGUCCUUUUCUCCUGCUCCCUGGGUGGGAGGGUGGAUGCAGUUGGUGCUUUUAAAAUUCUCCUGUUUUGUUUCUGUAAGCUUUUCCCCUGGUAUCAUGGAAAGGACCUCCUCAUCACCACCUUGUGGGUGGCUGUAUCCAAAGUCUAAAUAAUUGGCCAGAUAAUGUGGAGCAAGCUUUCCUGAACUCAUGGGAGGGAAGGGCUCCUGCACCACAACUGAACUUCUUACGUAAAAGGCUGGCUGGGGAGGAAGGCUCCGUUUUAUCACAAUCAAAUGUAAUGGUCUCCAACCACAGAUGGAGCAGCAAAGGCUAUUCGAUGGUAAAGUGAAGGCCCCCGAGUAGUCCACCAUCCAGCACAGCAUAGUCCGAUCUGAUGCUUGUUCGUUGUGUGUCUUCACGAGUCCCUCUCUGGUGCUGAAUUGGAUUUGAAUUUCGGUGAGAGGCCUCCGCAUCUCCUUGGGCUGGGCUGGCCAGUGAGUAGCUGCCUGCCGUGUUUAUAUAUUAUCACGAUCAAUAGUUCAGUGAGAUUUUGUACAUUUUUUGGUGACAUUGGCAUACAUGAUGCCCCUGCAGCUCCUGUUCUGUUUGGUAGUUUGUGCCUCUAAAAUUCCCACUGUUAUGUGUGUUAAUUUAUGAAAAUAAAGAAUUUUUGAAGCCUUUCAA